AUGUUCAAGAUGCCAUUCACCCUCCACACUUUCCUUGCUCCCCGCAAGCCGGAGUCAUUCCCUCCACUUCCAGUCCUUCCUACAAAUGCCUCUGCCGCUCCAUCUCUCUUCGAAGACCUUUACCUGGAAGAAGACAUUGUAUUCGAUGAAGUUUUCCUCGACAUCAUGGGUCUUAACGAAUCCGCCCCUGCUCCUGCUCCACGACACGCCAACGAACCAGUCUAUAUCCCCCGAAGUGAUUCGAUCGUUGCACCUUUAUUGAUGGCCAGGCGAAAAGCCAGCCUUGCAAACUGUCUCAGUGGUCAUCCAUCUGCCCCUUUUGAACUUAAGAACAUGGAUCGAUUCAGACAGACACGAUCGAAAUCGGUAUCUGCAGCUAGCGCUCUAUACACCAAGCAAAAGGCCGACUUGUUGAAGCCCCUUCCAAGUCUACCUUCCAAGAACGAUAUUCCUUCUAUCGAAUGGUCUACAUUCAAUGUUUCUCCUGCACCUUCUUCGCCCAGCAACUUUACAAACUAUUCGAUGCACAGAAAGAUGUCGACACCAAACAGAUUCUUAAGUGUUAACUUUUCCGGUUCGAACUGUAUUCCCAUCCCCGCUUCACCGCUGUCGCCUAGACAGCUAGGUGAACCCUCGAGCCUUUAA